UGGGCUUGUUUUUAAUAUGAUUUGUGGCAUGGAAAUGAAGGCGUGUGGCAUUCCUUACCAGUGCCCCUGGAAAAUUAUCCGCAUGCAAUUGAGAAAUUCUAUCCACAAACUUCAACUAGACCAACACCCAAGGACUAGUAUUCAUGGCUUUAACUAAAACUUCUAAACAAGACUGAACUUUCUCAUCUGUUUUGGUAGCUUCAACAAUGCCAUCAGCUGUGGUUGCAGGGUCCUCCUCUUCUUGCUCUGCCACCUUCACCAGGAGCCACUCCAUCAAAACCCCUCCAACCAGAUCCACAAAACCAAUAAUAUCCUCUCCAUUACAGAGAACUGCUUUUCGAGGUCUAUCACUUCAAGAUGCCAAAAGGGGUUCCUCGGAAAUGUUCAUAGCUGAAAAGAAGAACAGUUUCACCAAUGCAAGAAAAGGGCUGCAGAUCACUGCAAGAACAGCUGGGGCUUCAAAGACUAUUGAGGUUGAGGUUGACAAGCCACUAGGCCUCACUCUGGGUCAAAAGGAUGGUGGUGGUGUGGUCAUCACGGCUGUAGAUGGAGGUGGGAAUGCUGCUAAAGCAGGGUUGAAAGCCGGGGAUCAAGUGCUGUACACUAGCAGUUUCUUUGGGGAUGAACUUUGGCCUGCUGAUAAGCUGGGAUUCACUAAAACUGCCAUCCAAGCAAAACCAGAAUCUGUCUACUUUGUUGUUAACAGAGGUGUAGAAGUAGAUAUUAAAAAACUAACAAAGCGUCCAGCUCCUCCCCGCUUUGGAAGGAAGCUAACUGAUGCUCAGAAGGCUAGAGCUACUCACAUAUGCCUCGACUGUGGAUACAUUUACACUGCGCAGAAACCUUUUGAUGAGCAGCCGGAUACAUAUGUAUGCCCACAAUGUAGAGCACCAAAAAAAAGGUUUGCAAGAUAUGAUGUGAAUACUGGAAAAGCAAUAGGAGGUGGUUUGCCUCCAAUUGGGGUCAUUAUUGGGCUGUUGGCUGGUGUUGGUGCAGUUGGUGCAUUGCUUGUUUAUGGUCUUCAAUGAGGCAGUUAUUGUAUUAAUCUCUAAAGUUUUUAUUACCUACCCCAGUAUUCUGGGAUAUUUUCGUGUUCUGCGAAAUUAAUAUUCAAGUGUAAAUCUACAGGUUUGUUUAAUCCCAGUAAAAAAAAAAUGCUUAGUGAUCAA